UAUAACUCAUCUGCUGAUGCUUUUGAUCACACAUUUUAUUCUUUGAUGCUGUCUCCAUUUAAGUGUCAUUUGCAUGAUUUGGAGAGCUGUACUGCUUUGGAUGGAGAACCAAACCUCKGUGAUUCCUCUCAAACAGCCGAUUGUUUUUGAACUGGARGGAUUUGAUGUUCAACCAGGCAACGGACCGUUCUUGUUUCUGUUGGCUUUGCUCGCCUACAUAACAGUGUUACUGGGGAACGGUGUGGUGAUCUGUGUUAUUAUGACAGACAAGAACCUGCACAGACCCAUGUUUGUUAUGAUAUGUCACCUCAUGGUCUGUGACCUGCUGGGGGCCACAAUGGUGCUUCCUCGCCUCAUGAUGGAUCUGUUGAUGGGGCUGAAGAAGAUCGCCUACAUCCCAGCCAUCGUCCAGGCAUUCUGCGCUCACACAUAUGGUACAACAAUGCUUAACCUUUUAACUGCAAUGGCCUAUGACAGGUAUGUGGCGGUGUGUGAACCUCUCAGGUAUCACUCCAUCAUGACUUCGGCUCGGCUGCACAGCUGCUGCGCUGUUGCCUGGAUCGUUGCUCUGCUGCUCAUAGUUGUGCUCUUCUCCUUCCACAUGAACGUCCCGCUGUGCAGUCGACUUAUCCAAAAUGUCUACUGCAGCAACCGGGGCAUCCUGGACCUGGCCUGCAUUCCUACCCCCGUCAGCAAUAUCUAUGGUCUAACAAUCACCUGGACUUUUAGUACUUUGAACUUCAUUCUCAUCGCUUUUUCCUACAUCAGAAUCCUGAGUGUUUCCUUAAAGCAGGGAAGAACAAACUGCAGCAAACCCAACAAGGCUCUUCAGACCUGUGCUCCGCACAUUAUAGUGUAUGUUGUCUAUAACGUCGCUGCAUUGAUAUUAAUAUUGAGUUACAGAUUUCCCUCCCUUUCCCAAAAUAUAAAAAAGUUCUUAAGCAUCCUUGUCUAUAUCAUUCCCCCGAUCAUUAACCCCUUCAUCUAUGGACUGGUCAGUAAAGACUUGAGGGUCAGCUCUAUCAAACAUUUCUCCAUCAGAGUGAGAAACAAAAUUUAGCACUAACACUGCAUCUGGUGUUUGUAGGCCAUUUGACUCUUGUGGUGAAAGUAAUUCUCUUUGUAGGUGUUGUAACUGGCUUUUGUAGCUAAAGGUUGAAUAAAACAAAGUUCAGUAAGCACCCCUGACCAUUUGAAAUCACAUAAAUUGUAAUAAGGAUCAUUGAGAACUGUACAGUUGAAUCUGGACCUGCUGUAAGGAUAAGACACAAAAACAAAAGCCACCACUGUCACUUUGUGAUGCAUGUGUUAAUGUGUGAAUACUCACUUCCCUCUGACCUCCCCCAUAGACUCUUGCUUUGCUUUUUUAAACCUCUACAUGUGUUUGAAGAAUCCCAACUUUUUUAUCACUGAAAAAUCAUAAGUUACACAUAGAGGUAAAUAUUCAGAAUAGACUGCAUACAUCUUCCAAAAUUUCAUUAGAAACAUUUGAACUACUCAUUCAACAAAACCACAAACCAACACCAAAAUCACCAAUUUACAAAAAACAUGAUAAUUCUUCAUUAAUUUAAACAUGAAACUCAGAAAUAAAAAACAGUCUUUAAUACUUUUGCUGUCUUACAAGAUGGGGUUCUUUGGACCCUGCAAGUUUUAAAGUUUUUACAAUGUAAAACAUUUUGAAC